AUGGCGAGUACCAGCAGAUACGACGCCAACAAAGUGUGCUGCAGCUCCCAUCCCGACGCCCCCUUGAUCGAAGACUACAGGGCGGGCGAUCAAAUAUGCUCCGAAUGCGGUUUAGUCGUCGGAGACAGGGUAAUAGACGUCGGCUCGGAAUGGAGAACGUUCAGCAACGAGAAAAACACGACGGACCCAUCGCGUGUGGGCGGCCCGGAGAAUCCCCUGCUCGGUGGCUCCGAUCUAACGACUAUCAUAGGACCCGGAAGAGGAGACGCUAGUUUCGAUUCGUUCGGUGUGGCUCGAUAUCAGAAUCGCAGGACAAUGAACAGUGCCGAUCGUGCGCUGAUAAACGCCUUCAAAGAAAUCAACGCGAUGGCCGAUCGAAUUAAUUUACCUCGAACGAUCGUCGAUAGGGCGAAUAAUCUGUUCAAACAAGUGCACGACGGAAGGAAUCUCAAAGGUCGAUCGAACGACGCCAUAGCAUCGGCUUGUCUGUACAUCGCCUGUCGCCAAGAAGGCGUGCCUCGAACGUUCAAAGAAAUCUGCGCGGUGAGCAAAAUCAGCAAACGUGAGAUCGGUAGAUGUUUCAAAUUGAUCCUCAAAGCGUUGGAAACGUCGGUGGAUUUGAUAACGACGGGCGAUUUCAUGUCGAGGUUCUGUUCGAACUUGUGUUUGCCGAAUAUGGUGCAAAGGGCGGCCACCCACAUCGCCCGAAGGGCCGUCGAAAUGGACAUCGUGCCCGGCAGAUCGCCCAUAUCGGUGGCGGCGGCGGCCAUUUACAUGGCUUCGCAGGCUUCGGAGGAUAAAAGGAGUCAAAAGGAGAUCGGGGACAUCGCAGGAGUCGCCGACGUUACCAUAAGGCAAUCGUAUAAAUUGAUGUAUCCGCACGCGGCGAAUCUCUUUCCGCAAGACUUCAAAUUCGCCACGCCGAUCGAACAAUUACCGCAAAUGUGA